GCGGUGUCUGUGUGACUCAGGCGCUGCCAUUUUGAGUGGUGGGUCCUGGCCGCGCAGCUCCGCUCCGCGCUCGCUCCCUCCCGUGCCGAGGCACAGGCGCAGACCGAGACGCUUCCGCUCGCUCCUGCCGUCGCCUUCGAGGACGUCCCGGGACCGCCUGGGCGAAGAGAGGCUCGCCUCAGCCCUUCCGUCCUUCUCCCGGCCGUCCCCGUCCUCCUCCUCCGCCGCCGCUCCGGGAUCUCUAUGCCCGCCGCCCUCCGUAGGAGCCACUAGCGCAGGGACCCGCCGCCGUCUCCUCCUCCUUCCGCUCCUGCCACCGCCGUCGCCUCUUCCUCCUUCUCCUCUUCCUCUCUCCGCCACCAUUUCCCCACUCCCCGGCACCGGGGCGCUGAGCUAGACUAUGGGGACCAGGUUGGGGCUGAGCAGCGGCAGAGCGGGCGGCCCGGUCACCGUGUCCACUGCAGCAGGGAUGGGGGGGCUCCGCGGCUUCGUGGCUUUAUCUUGACAUGGCUCCUCUCCGUGCUGCUAGCAGCGCCGCCGCCUCCACUGCUCCUCCUGCGCCCGCCGGCUGCGGGUAGCGAGCGGGCCACGGUCUCGGUCUCUUGUCUGAGUCUCUCAGUCUCUUGCUUAAGUGGGGGGGGAAGUUUUGGGAGGGGUUCCUUUUUUUGUUUUUUUUUUUUUGUUUUCCUUUCUUUUUUUCUUUUUGUCAAGAGAGGAGGGGGAAUACUUUUUCCCCUCUUCUUAACCUGGUCUGACGAAUUUGCUAACCUAAAAACUUUUAACCCCGACUAAUCAAACGCCUGGGGGGGAAAAUGUCUGGAGAGAGGAAGAAAAUAACCUGAUAACCGGGGAUUUGCUUUUUGGGGGGGAGGGUGUUUUAGAGGUUUAAAAUUGCAACCUAGACUUGCAAUUAAAAAAAAAAAAAACUCGCAAAAAUUUUGACACCGAAAACCUGUUUUGCGAGAAAAGCAGGAGCAAAACUCUCCAUGUUUUCCAAGUCGUGACCAUGAAGUGAGAGGGGAGACGCCGUGCUACUGUGGGUGUCCCGCUGCCCUGGGCACAGGCCACCCGCUGCAGCCUCUGCCGUCUUGUGUAGAGAGAGGCCUAAGGAGAAGCGAAAAGCAUUGGCCAUGCACAGCCUCGGCUAACUGUGCUCGCUGUGGAGCGCAGCAGCAGCAGCAGAGAGAGAAGGAUCCCCGGGGGAUCAGCAGCCCAGGGAGCGUGUGAGGUGUUGGGGGAUGUAGGGCUCUCCCACUGGUAAGGAGCCCGGGUUUGGGGCACUGAUUUGGGUUUUAGUCUCUAGGUGAGAUAAUACUGUCCCUUGAACCCCUGCCUGCCCCUCGUCUAUGGCCAUCAUGAUCCCUCUUCUCUUUGGCAGCAGUAGCCUCAGGGCAAUGAUGUGCCUGAUGAUGAGCAGGAUGAAGUUAGAAAUGACUCCGCUGUUUUUUCUCUUUGCUCCCCUGCAAACCAGCACUGUGUUGUCUGUAGUUGAUUUUGUUGUUGUUGGCAGAGAAAUGUCAUACCUCCCAGGAUGUGCACUCCUCCUUUGCACCCUUUUCUCUGCUCUCCACCAAGUGUAAUAAUUCUAAAGAAAAAAAAAAAAAGACGGGCAACAUAGCAAUAGUGGAAAGCUGGGAAUAAUAAUCAGUAGAGUCAUGAAUCUGGCUGGGGUAAAACGCAAUUUGUAAUUUCAGCUUCAUUUUUUUUUUGUAAGCAGAGCAAAAGUACCCCCCCCCCCAUGGAUUGGGCUUGUGCCAGUUGCUUUUUAUUGUACACAUAAAUUGUGAUAAGAUUUGUUUUGUUUUGUUUUUUUUCUCAUUCUUACCCACUUAUUCCUGCGGCUAAACUGUUCAAAUUUUUGUCUUCAAAAUUCUUAGGGUUUUUUUUCUUGGUUUAUUGUAAAACCUCUUGUCCAGCCAUGGCUGGACAACUACUUACUUUGUUUCUUGACCCCUCCGAUACGACAUUCUCGUAAAAUAUUGCCUGAGGUGCGGUUUUGGGUUACAUUAGUGUUUUAUCUAUUCAGUCGUAUUAGCAGGAAUAAAACGACUUGUUUCUGUUGUACUUGAGUCUUACGAAAAGGUGCCCAUAGUUUAGCAACAGUUUCCAAAGGCUUUAGUACCACCUGUAUUACAAAAUGGGGGACCCAAACUCCCGGAAGAAACAAGCUCUGAACAGACUUCGUGCUCAGCUUAGAAAGAAAAAAGAAUCUUUAGCUGACCAGUUUGACUUCAAGAUGUACAUUGCCUUUGUGUUCAAAGACAAGAAGAAGAAGUCAGCGCUUUUUGAAGUGUCUGAAGUGAUACCAGUCAUGACCAAUAAUUAUGAAGAAAAUAUCCUGAAAGGUGUGCGGGAUUCCAGCUAUUCUUUGGAAAGUUCCUUAGAGCUUCUGCAGAAGGAUGUAGUACAGCUUCAUGCACCCCGCUACCAGUCUAUGCGCAGGGAUGUGAUCGGCUGUACUCAGGAGAUGGACUUCAUUCUUUGGCCUCGUAACGAUAUUGAGAAGAUAGUCUGUCUCCUGUUUUCUCGGUGGAAGGGAUCUGAUGAACCCUUUAGGCCUGUUCAGGCCAAGUUUGAAUUUCAUCACGGUGACUAUGAAAAACAGUUUCUGCAUGUUCUGAGCCGAAAGGACAAGACUGGAAUUGUUGUCAACAACCCUAACCAGUCAGUGUUUCUCUUCAUUGACAGACAGCACUUGCAGACUCCAAAAAACAAAGCUACAAUCUUCAAGUUAUGCAGCAUCUGCCUGUACCUGCCACAGGAGCAGCUCACUCACUGGACGGUUGGUACCAUAGAGGAUCACCUCCGUCCUUACAUGCCAGAGUAAGGUACUGGCCAGCAAAAUGGGGAAGAUCACAGAAUGCAGCAGUGGAUUUUCACUUUCCUCACCACUUUAUUCUUUCAGAAUUUAGAAGAAAAUGGACUCAUGUUCAGAACACUAUACAUUGUGAAACUUGAUCAUCCUGGAUUUUUUUUAUCAUUUGUAUCUCAGAACUUUACAAUUUUUUUUAGAUGUUUUUUCUGCAUGGACCUUGUGAAAGAGAGGAUGCUCUGCACGCUUCUGCACUGCAUCAGCAUCUUACUAAAAUGUGAAAUGAAGGGACUGUACACUGAAACAAAUGUAUCCGAAAGCACAAAGUGAUCAUUUGUGGUGGUGUUCCCAUUCGUGCUGGUCAUGCCCCCUAACAUCUAUAAUGUUAACCAUCAGUAUUUGGAGGGUGAGAAGUGAAUGUAACGGGUAUAAAAGCCUUAUAGCUUUGCUGUUAAUGAUUGUAUCAAAGAGCACUAUCAUUCAUUUUAAUGAACAGAAAAGUGGCUAUUACAAUAGGAAGUAAAUGCGGGAAAGAAAUCUUUCUUUAAAAAAAAAAGCAUCUCAUUUAAUGUGUAGGCAUUUUUUGCCUCUUUUAUUUUGCUGGGCCAUGUCUAAGUUUACUGGCACUUUUGUUUUGGAUCUCUUUCCCCAAGUUGCUGUAUAACUGUAUGAAAGUAUUCUUUUUGAGUUGGAUGCAUUUAUACAGAUGAGGCAGACCUGGAGUCUGAAGUUGCUAAAGCAGCUAAAAAUAAAAUAAUAGCUGCAGAAACAAUGUUGGUAGAGGAUUAUUUUUUCUUGAGAGUUGAGACUUGUAAACUUGCAGGUGAACUGUGCAGGACAUACUGGUUUCUAAAACGUUUCUUAUGGAAAACCCGUUGAGGUUUUUUUCUUUUGGAAUAGACAUUAUAAAACAAUGUAAAAUAGUGUUUGGAGUGUCAAAAGUUGGUUCUGACAGAACAUUUUAAGAUUGUGCAAUGAUAAAAGGAAGACUACUGUAUAGUUUUGAUGACAAAGAAGGCUCUGCUUAAGGGUUGAGUACUUUACUGGAGUAAAACUGCAUAAGCCUGCUCCCUUUGGAUAAAACUAGUGCUUACCUGUUAAAAACUUGUAUUUAGCUUUUGUUUGGAAUUGGAAAAAAUUGGAACUUAAAUAAAAUUAGGUGAAAGAUGA